GAAGUUUGGAAGAGCACUCCUAGUUUGCAUCUUCCUACGUGGAGGAUUGGCAACGUACUCACCGAAGAAACUCGUGGGUUACCACUAUGGACGGGCAACUUGCGUCAUUCUCGAUGAUGACUCCGUAAAGUGCUGGGGCCAGGUUUACGAUGGUAUGCAAGCGACGGGCAAUGAAGGUGCGAUCGGAAACGCUGCCAACCAAAUGGGGGAUAAUUUACCCUCCUCCGAUUUUGGUGUCGGCAGAACAGCUGUGGACAUUGGCGUCUCAGCUUAUGCGAUUCUUGACUGCUCCUGUGUCUUAUCCGACAUCGGCGUCACCGAUUCGAAGAUCGGCGACGAUGCGUUCGAGCUUGGCGACUUCCUUCCGGCUAUCAGCUUAGGGGAAUGGGUGAGGUACUUUCGGAGCAUUUUCAAGGACUACUCGUGGUUCGUUUACUCGAAGUUUGCUGCUGUGGCGCCGGCCGAGACCCGGCCACGGAAAGACUUUCUGCGAUUCCUGCGUGAGGACGGCAACGGUGACAUUGGAAAAAGUGCAAACCAGAUGGGCGAUUAUCUUCCUGCGAUCGACGUGGGUGCUGGAAGGACGGUCACGGACUUUGCGAUCUUGGAUGAUGGCAACCUCAAAUGCUGGGGCUAUGCUAACUUUGGCCAUCUUGGCUACGGUGAUCGGCAUGAUCGAGGGGGAAACGACCGAAAGAUGGCUACGAUACCCACAGUGGACUUGGGCACUGGCCUUACUGUCAAGAAGGUUUUUGCAGGAAAGCAAGAGAACUUGCCACGCUACAGUGCUAUGGUAAAUACUCGGGCAUCCUGA